UUAUUAUCUAUUAGUAAUGGAAUAGAGAAUAUCACUAUAUCCGGAGAACGAGAUGCAAUCGCUUAAACAAAUAUCUACUCUCAGCAACAGAUCGGAAGUUCAGUUUCUACCCUUAAUGGCUCAAGAAGACCACCAAUCUCCGCCGUAUCUCGGUCAAGUACUAGUCAUACGUCCACCGCCUGUCUUUUCUGUCCACGAACAAUACAUCUCGAGUAAAUUCCAGAUCCUGAAAGCAUACGAAUCACCAUUACCUACUCACGAUUUCCUCCAAACCUAUGCGCAGUCCGUCAAAGUCGUCCUAUGCUCCGGCGGGAGUCCGAUCACAGCCGACGUGUUACAUGACCUUCCAGCCCUCCAACUCGUUGUCUCCUCCACUACCGGCGUCAACCACAUUGACAUGGCAGAGUGUCGCCGGCGCGAAAUUAGAGUCACUAACACCGGAGAUUUAUUUUCUGAUGAUGUAGCUGACGGCGCCGUUGGACUUUUGAUCGAUGUCAUGAGGAGAAUUUCUGCCGGAGAUAGAUUUGUUCGCGGCGGUCGUUGGCCUGCUAUAUCGGAGUAUCCUCUUGGUUCUAAGUUGGGAGGCAAGAGAGUUGGGAUUGUUGGGCUUGGAAACAUUGGGUCAAGUGUGGCCACAAGACUAGAGGCCAUGGGCUGCAUAGUCUCUUACACCUCAAGGCAGAAAAAAAACUCCACACACUACACUUUUUAUCCAAAUGUCCUCCAACUGGCUUCCAAUUCAGAUGCCCUCAUUAUCUGUUGUGCGUUGACCAAUGACACGCGUCACAUGAUCAACAACACAGUCUUGAGGGCAUUAGGAAAAACAGGAGUCAUUGUGAAUGUAGCUCGUGGGGCUAUCAUUGACGAAGUGGAAUUGGUGGAGUGUUUGGUUGAAGGGGAGGUUGGUGGUGCAGGUUUGGAUGUGUUUGAGAAGGAACCAAAGGUACCAAAUGAGUUGUUUGAAUUGGAUAAUGUCGUGCUUUCGUCCCACAGUACUGCGUGCACAAGAGAAUGCUUUUAUGAUGCUGCCCAAACUGUGGUAGCUAAUUUGGAAGCGUUUUUCAUGAGCAAACCCUUGCUUACUCCUGUAUCCUAGCUAGUCUUAUAGCUAGUUUGCACUUCGCUAGCGAAUUUCCCUAUUAUUUGUAGCAUCUUAAUUUGGUUUAGAUAUAAUAAAUGUUCUAACCUUUUCUUUUUGCAUAUAAUUACAAUUCAACCUUCUCCCGUUAGAGGA